AUGUCUCUCCAGUCCUUAACGCGUUCGUUUCUUCAGCAAAAGUGUAUUUAUAGAGGCAUUAAGGUCUCCAGACACAGUCGAGGUCCAACAGCGCGUGCAUUCCAUUCAUCUAGGAGACUUGAAAUUGUUAAACCGUUUUUGUUAGCAGACAUUGGGGAAGGAAUACGAGAAUGCGAAAUAAUCCAAUGGUUCGUCGAGCCUGAAGCCCGAGUUGAGGAAUGGGACAAAUUGUGCGAAGUCCAGAGUGACAAAGCUUCGGUGGAAAUCACAAGCCGGUUCGCCGGCGUGAUCAAGAAGCUACACUAUGAUGCCGGCGACAUGGCGAAAGUGGGAAAACCCCUGCUGGACAUCGAUAUAGAGAGCAACGGGGAGGAUGUCGCAGCAUUGACCGGCCCAUCUGCUGCGGAGGAAUCCCAACUUCAGGAAAGGGAGGUUACGGAGAGGUCCUCGGCAGCACCUAUAGCAAGCGUAUAUGUUCCUCCAGUGAGCCAAAGUACGUCUUCGACAGAUCAAAAAACUCCAGUCAUGAGCAGAGCUCAAGCACCUCAAAAGCCAGUGCUAUCAACUGGAAAGCAUGCAACCCUAGCAACUCCUGCUGUCAGGCACUUAACCAAAGAGUUGAAUGUCAAUAUCGCAGAGGUCCGUGGAACAGGAAAGGAUGGACGGGUGACGAAAGACGACGUGAACCAGUUUGCAAAGCAGCGGGAUGACCCUCGUCUUGCACUGAAAGAGUCAAGUCUCUCCGCUUUGAUGAGCACCACAGAACCAACGGAGACAACAGUCCCAUUAACAAACAUACAAACCCAAAUGUUUAAAGCGAUGACUAAGUCACUGUCCAAGCCACAUUUCCUCUAUGCCGACGAAAUAGACUUUAGCAGGCUAUCAGAACUACGAUCGAGGCUAAACAAAGGGCUAGCGAAGGCGCCUAUAGAUGAGGUUAACAAAAUGUCUUUCCUACCCUUCAUCAUCAAGGCAAUGUCUCUGUCUAUGCGGGCCUAUCCAAUUUUGAAUGCACGCGUGGAUAUGGAUCCCGUGACAGGCAAGCCAGCAUUGGUCCAUCGGAGCCAACACAAUAUUGGAGUGGCAAUGGAUACGCCUUCAGGGCUGAUAGUCCCAGUCAUCAAAAACGCCGCCAGCCUUAGCAUUCUCAAUAUCGCCGCAGAACUCACAAGGCUCCAGUCCCUAGCUGCAUCCGGCAACUUGUCAACUCAGGAUCUUACCGGUGGAACAAUUACGCUUUCAAAUAUCGGCAAUAUCGGCGGCACAUAUGUCUCUCCAGUCAUAGUCGAGAAAGAAGUGGCCAUCCUAGGCGUCGGGAAGAUGAGAACCAUUCCCGCCUUCGGUGACGCCGGGCAGGUGGUAGCUAAACAAGUUUGCAACUUCAGCUGGAGCGCGGACCACAGAGUCGUCGACGGGGCGACUAUGGCCCGGGCCGCAGAAAUCGUUAGGCAAUUCGUCGAAGACCCAGAUAGCAUGGUUAUGCAUCUUCGAUGA